AUGGGUUCUAGAGAAAAGCCAUUGUUUGAUCUUAAUGAACCUGCUGUUGAGGAUGAGAGUGACACAGUCCCUUCUACUAUCAACACUUGUAAAUUAUCAACAUCAGCAUCAAGUAGUUCUCAUAAAACAGUAAAUACCCGUGCUUUUUCUCAUGUUUCCUCUGUUUCGAGCUUUCAGCCUUUCAUUCAGUCAAAAAGAGAACAACCAUCUGAAGUAGGUGAAGACAACAAGAAGGAAGCUGCUAAAAACAUUUUAGAAAAGGAAGAAGGUGAAUGGUCUGAUGUAGAAGACCCCUCCAUUAAAACCAACAGAACAAGUAGUAGUAUCCCUGAAAUGUCAACUUCUGGCUAUGAUGAGAAAUCACAAACAAAAGCAACCACUGAAUCCGAAUCCACAGAUCAAAACGAUUGUAAUCUAACUACACUCUCAUCAAGCAUAUCUUCCAAGAAUGAAAAUAACAACCAUACUUCAAAGCUUCCACUUCCAACUAACCCUGGAAAACGCCCUAAACUUGAUCAACAAAAGGAAGCAAUGCUAGGUAAAAAGCGUAGUAGGCAAACCAUGUUUCUAAACAUGGAAGAUGUUAAACAAGCGGGACCCAUUAAAAUCUUGACCCCUAAAAAACACAACUUUCAACCACCCAUUGUAACACGUAUUGUGAAAGAGUCACGCCCUGUUCUUGACUCGAUUAAAGAAGCAAAACAGAUUGAUCAAUCAUGCAAUGAGGGUAAUAACAAUCAUGUGGAGUCUAGUGAUACAAAAUCUGAUUGUAAUGAAAGUGAUUUGAGUUCAGGACCUGUAACUCGUUCUAGAAGGACAAAUAGUGGGACAGAUGUUGCUGGAGAAGAUAAAGAUAAAUUAUUUUCAGAUCAUAUUCAUAGGCAGAGUUCAUUCAAGCAACCUAAUGAUUCAAGACAGAUGAAGAAUCCACAUAUUCCUAUAAAAAAACCUCCUUUAAAUUUAAUCACUCAAAACGAUUCCAAAUCACUCGUUAAAAAGCUUCCUUCAAGAAAACCAACAACUGUCACUACACUUUAUCAGGAUACAUCAGUGGAGCGUCUUCUAAGGGAGGUGACUAAUGACAAGUUCUGGCAGCAUCCAGAGGAUGCGGAUCUUCAACGGGUCCCAGGAAGCUUUGAAUCGGUAGAAGAAUAUAUUCGAGUUUUUGAGCCUUUACUCUUUGAAGAAUGUCGUGCACAACUCUACAGCACAUGGGAAGAAUCAACUGAAACUUCAUCUAGAGAUUCACAUACAAUGGUUCGCAUCAAAAACGUCGAAAGGCGAGAAAGAGGAUGGUAUGAUGUUAUCCUUCUACCAACAAACGAAUGCAGAUGGAAUUUCAAAGAGGGCGAUGUUGCAGUUCUUUCAACUCCAAAACCCGGAACAGUCAGAUUGAAGAGAAACAACAUUCCAACAAACGUGGAAGAGUCCGAGGUUAUCGGACGUGUAGCCGGCACUGUCAGGCGUCACAUACCAAUCGAUACCCGCGACCCCACUGGGGCCACCCUUCAUUUUUACGUUGGCGAUUCUUUCGAUUCCAACAGCGACGAUGACCAUAUAUUAAAGAAACUACACCCUAAAGGAGUCUGGUUUUUAACCAUUCUUGGUGCUCUUGCUACAACCCAAAGAGAAUAUAUCGCGUUACAUGCUUUUCGUAGACUAAAUUCACAGAUGCAAACAGCGAUUCUCCAACCAAGCCCAGAGCAAUUCCCAAAAUACGAAGAACAAGCACCAUCAAUGCCCGAAUGUUUCACAACAAACUUUGUUGACUAUCUUCAUCACACAUUCAACCAGCCUCAAUUAUCCGCAAUCCACUGGGCAGCAAUGCACACAGCAGCAGGAACAACAAACACUUCAACAAAAAGACAAGACCCAUGGCCCUUCACCCUAGUCCAGGGCCCACCAGGAACCGGUAAAACCCACACCGUAUGGGGCAUGCUAAACGUCAUCCACCUCGUCCAAUACCAACACUACUACACCGCUCUCCUAAAAAAACUCACCCCCGAAAGCUACAAACAAGCCACCGAAUCUUUAUCUUCCGAAAACGCCCCUACCGGAUCCAUCGACCAAGUCCUUCAAAACAUGGACCAAAACCUAUUUCGAACACUUCACAAAAUCUGCCCCAAACCACGCAUGCUAGUCUGCGCCCCUUCCAACGCCGCAACCGAUGAGCUCCUGACACGUGUCCUCGAACGCGGCUUCAUCGACGGCGAAAUGAAAAUGUAUCGCCCCGACGUGGCCCGCGUAGGGGUAGAUUCGAAUACGCGCGCGGCGCAGGCGGUUUCCGUGGAACGUCGGACCGAACAACUUCUAAUGAAAAGCAGAGACGAAGUCUACGGUUGGAUCAACCAACUGCGGGCCCGCGAAGCGCAGUUGUCGCAACAAAUCGCGUCGUUGCAACGCCAGUUGAAUCUCCAAGCGUACACGGGUCGGGCCGAAGGAUCCGUGGGCGUCGACCCGGAUAUCUUAACCGCCCGCGACCAAACCCGCGAUUCGUUUCUACAAAACCUCGCCGCGGUUGUUGAAAACCGCGAUAAGGUUUUGGUUGAAAUGUCGCGGUUGUUGAUUCUCGAACCGCGGUUUCAUUCCGGAAACUUUAACCUCGAAGAAGCGCGUGCCAGUUUGGAAGCGAGUUUCGCCAACGAGGCGGAGAUUGUGUUCACAACAGUUUCAAGUAGCGGGAGGAAACUGUUCUCUAGGUUGACGCACGGGUUUGAUAUGGUGGUGAUUGACGAGGCGGCUCAGGCGAGCGAAGUCGGGGUGUUGCCGCCGCUUUCGCUCGGUGCCGCUAGGUGUGUUCUCGUCGGAGACCCGCAGCAGCUUCCGGCGACGGUGAUAAGUAAGGCGGCGGGGACGUUGUUGUAUUCGCGGAGUCUUUUCGAGCGGUUUCAACAAGCGGGGUGUCCGACGAUUCUCUUGUCGGUUCAAUACCGUAUGCAUCCGCAAAUACGCGAUUUCCCAUCGCGGUAUUUUUACCAAGGGCGGUUGACCGAUAGCGAGAGUGUAAAAAGUCAACCGGAUGAAAAUUACUAUAACGACCCUUUGUUGAGGCCGUAUGUGUUUUACGAUGUUACCCAUGGGAGGGAAUCGCAUAGGGGAGGGUCGGUUUCGUAUCAGAAUGUUCACGAGGCGAAGUUUUGCGUUAGGUUAUAUGAGCGGUUGAUGAAGGUGGUUGGUGGUGGGGGUGUAGGGAAGGUUACGGUGGGGGUGAUUACGCCGUAUAAGUUGCAGUUGAAGUGUAUACAAAGGGAGUUUGAGGAGGUGUUGAGGAGUGAUGAAGGGAAGGAUAUUUAUAUAAAUACGGUUGAUGCGUUUCAAGGGCAAGAACGCGAUGUGAUUAUUAUGUCGUGUGUGAGGGCUUCGAGUUAUGGUGUUGGAUUUGUUGCGGAUAUUAGAAGGAUGAAUGUGGCUCUUACACGCGCCAAAAGGGCACUUUGGGUGAUGGGGAAUGCGAGUGCGCUUGUUCAAUCAGAAGAUUGGGCGGCUUUAAUUGCGGAUGCGAAGGCGAGAAAGUGUUACAUGGACAUGGAUUCGCUUCCGAAAGACUUCCUGGCGGCACCACCACUACCACCACCGCUGCCGGCCUAUGGUCCACCGCCACCUAAGUUUUCUAAUUCGAGAGGCUUCAUGAGGCCUAAUUUUAGAAACAGACCAUUUGAACAUAUGGGAACACCAUCAGGAGAUGAAAGUAAAACAAACUCAAACUCAAAUUCAUCAAGAAAUGGUAGUAGUUAUCGGCCUUUUAAUAAACCACCAUUGGAGGACAACCAUGAUUGGCCUCGAGAUUCAUGGCAGCAAUAUGGGGCCCACAAGAGACCGAAUCAAGCUGGGGUAUUGGGAAAAAGAGACCAAUGAUACCAUGUUUGUCCAAGGUUUUUUUUUUUUUCAGAUACUUACUGUGGGACCCAACCCAAAAUUGUCACUGUACAAAGAUAUUGUCUAGCGGGGGGAGGUUCUUUGGUAAAAUAUAUAUAUAUAUAUAUAUAUACCUUGAAAUUGCUUAAAAGGGCAAAAACGUCAAUUUGACAUAGGUGUAUCUGAUUUGGCGACACUUG